UCCAAAGUUCGAAUUGGAAUCGCUCGCACCAUUUCACUCCAUCUCCUUCUUCUUCCUCACUCCCAUUUUCCCCUUUACUUUAUUCUACUUUCCCCCUUCUCUCGGAUCGAAGCCAGAACUCUCUCUCUCUCUCUCUACCCAAACCCUUCAAGCUUUCUUCCCGCGUUGCGCCAUCUCCUUCUUCAAAAUUCUUGCUUUCGUUUCGGGUUCCGAGCAGAGGGAAGAAAGGUGCCAACUUUAGCAGCUCCGGAGCUCCGACGGUGGUAGUCCGAGCCAAUCAUGGGUUGCGUCUCCUCCAACCUGCUGAGCCACGACGAGGAGUUCUCCUCCGCCCUCGGCACCUCCUCCGCCCUCGGCCACCACAUCGUCUCCCUCACCUCCACCACCUACGGCCUCCUCACCCUCGACCCGCCAUCAUCGCCCCAGCCGCCCUCCUCCGCCUCCGCCGCCGCCGCCACCACGGCGCCGACUCCCCCGCCGCGGUUCACCCUCGGAUCCAUCUUCCCCUCCCCGCUCCUCUCCGACCCCAAGUCCUUCCGCUCCGAGUCCAAGGCCCAGUGGUCCGACCCGACCCGACCCGAGAUCAUCAACUCCUGGGAGCUCAUGGCCGGCCUGGACGCCGAAAGCUUCCGCUUUUCCCCUCUCCCGCAACCCAAAUUCAAAGACCUGUUCGGCGUCGACAAGGAGAAUUCGAACCCUAAUUCCGCUUCCCGCGCUAAUUCGUUUAAAUUUCAAAUUCACCCAUCGCCCGUUCCCAAGCUGCCGCUGCCGCUGCUGCCGCGAGAUGGCGGCUGCGGCGAAGUUCCGAGUCCGCCUGCUGCUGCGGCGGUGGUAGCGGCGAAUCCUGCGCUCGACAGGUUUGAUUACCUCUGCCCUCCGAGGGGGGAGGACAGGGUUGUGAUCUACACGACCACUCUGCGAGGGGUGCGGAAGACGUUCGAGGACUGCAGUGCCGUGAGGGCGGCAGUUGAAGGGCUUGGCGUGGCGGUGUGCGAGCGGGACGUGUCGAUGGAUAGUGGGUUCAAGGAGGAGCUGAGGGAGCUGAUGAAGGGGCGGGCGAGGGAGGAAGUUGUGCCGCCGAGGGUCUUCGUGAGGGGUAGGUACUUGGGUGGGGCCGAGGAGGUGAUGAGGAUCGCCGAGGAGGGCGGUCUUGGGGAGCUGCUCAAGGGAUUGCCGAAGAGGAAGGCGGGUGUGUUGUGCGAAGGGUGCGGGGGCGUGCGGUUCUUGCCUUGUUUCCAGUGUAAUGGGAGUUGCAAAGUGGUGGUGAAUCUGGUGAUGGUGAAGGAGGAAGGUGAAGGUGGACAGAAACCAGAGAGGGUUGUUGUGAUAAGGUGUUCUGACUGCAAUGAGAAUGGGUUGGUCUUGUGCCCAAUCUGUAGCUAAUUUCUGUGAUGAUGUGAGUCUUGAACUAGAUGGUCUCUCACAGUUGUUCUAAAUAACUUACUAAUUAUGUGAAAUGAAAAUGGUUAGCGUUUUGUUUUCUUGCA